AGUGCCCAAAACCCUUCUUUCACACGCUCAUCUGCCUGCAAAAAAUAUCUGGUUCCUUCUAAUGCUUCCCUUCUCCAUAGCCACUCUGGUUUUCGUCUUUCAGAAAUCAAAUUCAAAUCACUGUUUUUUUUGCCCAUUAAUGAUCCAGCUUUAAUCUCUCUCUCUAAUUCUCUUCGAUAUUUUCUUUAAUUCGCAUGUUUCUUCAAAUCACUCUGUUUUCAAGUUAGAUCAUAGCUUUGCUGUUUUUGCUUGCAUCUGGUUUCUUCCGGGAACCCAUUUUUUAUUCUUGAAGGAGGAGAAGGGACAAAUUUUUUGAGUUCCUGUUUCUUUCACAUUCAUUUUCAUUUCGAUUUCUCUCUGUUUCGUCUGUUCAGGUAGCAACACAAUCUCCAUAAAAAUUUUGACAAACCAUGGACAGAAUGCAAGAAAACGUUCCUUUUGGAUUCGCCAAUACUGCCGAUAUCGGGUCCUCGCUAUCGCAACUCAAAUUGGCUGGAGGCAGUAACCCGUUAGAUUCAAUUUUCUCCCAUUGCCCUCCAGAAAACACCAUUAGCGACCCUCUUUCUGAGCCUUUAGGUUCUUCAGUCUAUCUCCGCCAGAGAGAUCUCUUGCAAAAAUUUUGCGAUGAAAACAGAAGAAGUAGCAGUAGUUCGUUUUCUCGCAAUUGGCUGACAAGCUCACUUCAAAAUUCAGUGCGGGCAAGCAAUUAUUUAACUCCAAGUCCAACUAAGAAGAAACUAUACAGGGGAGUCAGGCAGAGGCAUUGGGGGAAAUGGGUAGCGGAGAUAAGACUCCCUCAAAACAGAAUAAGAGUCUGGUUAGGUACUUACCAGACUGCAGAAGCUGCAGCUUAUGCUUAUGAUCGUGCUGCUUAUAAGCUUAGAGGCGAAUAUGCGCGAUUGAAUUUCCCAAAUCUCAAGGAUCCCAGCAAGUUAGGAUUCACAGAUUGCAAUAGAAUGGAUGCUUUGAAGAGUUCAGUGGACGCCAAGAUUCAUGCUAUUUGCCAAAAGGUGAAAAGAGAGAAGUCCAAAAAGAGCACAGCGAAGAAGAGUAACCUUGAUUCUAAUGAUUUUGAGGGUGGUGAUAAAGUGGUGAAGGUAAACUCAAAUUCGUCAUCGGCAACCUCAUCAUCUUUGUCACCUAUUGUUUUUGGUGACAACUGGGGUGGUGAAUUGCUCUCACCAACAGUAUCUGAAGAUGGGUUAUGGAAAUGUGAAAAUUCUUCCCCAUCUGUUUCUACAGAUUAUCCAAUGAUGAUGCCAGAGAACAAUGAUUUUGAUGGCUGCUCGCUCGCAAGAAUGCCUUCUUUUGAUCCUGAGUUGAUCUGGGAGGUUCUUGCCAAUGAGGGAAACAUUUCUAAUCAAAAUUGAUGUCCCAAAAUAUGUCCAAGAGGAGGGUGAAUUGGACUUUAAAAAUAAUUUUCGAUUCUUGCUCAAAACCUUUGAAAAUUGCAGCUAGGUUCAACUUUAUUGACUAAUGUGAAAUAUGAACAAUACAGCACUAUUGACAAGUUUAUUCAAAGUUAGGCUA